AUGUCAAUUUAACGAAUUAUGACUAAAUCUCCAUUGCGAACUCAAUCUCACUCCACUGCAACCUUCACUCGAGAUGAUCACAGACUAACAUUCAUUCAACACUGUAGCCUCAAAUCUAUAACUAACAUGAGGACUUCAGAAUAUUCAAAUGCAAAUGUUAAGAAUAAUGACAAGAUUAUUGAAAGUCAACAUUCAUAAAUCAAUGAAAUGAAGCAAUUCAUUUCAGAUUGUCAAAUCAGUUUGAUUCAUUUUAAAUAAUAAUUGGAAGAUUAAUUGUCUAUCAAACAAAACUAUGACUAAGAACUCAGACAACUCAAUUAAUUGGUUGCUUCCUUAAAAUCAGAGAACCAACAAUUAGUAUUGUUGUACAAUGAAAAGAAAAACGAAGUGGAAGAACUUACUUCCAAUAAUCUAAUUAUCAUUAAUGACUUUAACAAGCAAUUUGAGACUACUCUCAAGGCUCGCAUUGAAAAAGAUAUCAAAGAGAUCCACAACAAAUACCUAAGGGAAAUCCAACUGCUUAAGACAAAACUAUUCGAAUAAGAAAAACUUGUUCAUAAUCAAGAAGUCAUUCGAUUAUUGCAGAAGAAAUGCGAGGACUUAUUACAAAGCAUCGACUAAAAAAACUAUUAUAUUGAUGAUCUACUCAUCAAAUACGGAGAAUUAGAUGAAAAAUACGAGAAUCUCAAAAAACAAAUGUCCUAAAAGCUCUAUGAAGAAGAAAUCUUAGAUGACUUAUCUAUAUUUAAAUUAAACAAAAGUUGA